AUGUAUUUCCUUGGAGCACAAUUUGUCACAAUUUUAACCAUCAUACAUGGUUUGAAUGGAGAAAAUACAACAUGUGAUUUGGCGUUAGACCUAAUUUUAAUUCUCGACUCAUCUGGUAGUAUAUCAGUACCCGAAUUUGCCCAUGCUAAAUAUGCCAUGGUUGAUCUUGUUGAACGAUUAAAUAUCAACGAAAAAGGUGCUCAUGUAGCUGUUGUCAAUUAUGCCACAACAGUUGAUUUAUGGGCAGCAUUUGAUGUCUAUAAUUAUGAUAAGAUAUCUCUGGUUGAAAGAAUCAAAGAUUUGGAGAAAUUGGAUACAGGCACGGCAACUGGUGAUGCGCUGUAUGUGGCAAGACAUCAUUGUGAAGGUGUAUGUCGUAGACCAGAACAAGCUGUAACACGAGCCUUCAUUGUCUUCACAGAUGGAAACAGCAACAGUGGACGACUAGUUGUUGAUGAAGCUCCUUUAUUACCUGGACCAGCUAUGGCGAAUGUCUUUGCUGUCGGUAUUGGUGAUACUAUCACUAAUGCAGAAUUGAUAGCCAUUGCAUCGGACAAAGACUAUACUCUUCGACUAUCAAACUACAUUGAACUCACAACAGCGAUCAACAAUCUGACAAUAGCAACAUGUCAUUUUCCUGCAUUCAUAAUGCCUAAUAUCAAAAUUUUAAAUCAUCAAGUCGGACAAAAUCUCUAUCAUUACUAUCAAAUGAAUACACAAAUGAUACCAAACAAAAAUGGAAUGUUUAUUGACUUAAUAGUCAACAACACUGUUGGACGUACUCAAGCCUAUACAUCAUUAACAAGCAAAAAUCCAAAAGGUUUAAAUACGAGGCAAGCUUCAACUCCUUUGAAAGACAGAACAUACACUCAGUAUAUCCCUGUUGGAACAAACAGAUUUUAUUUCAGUUUAUUUGGUAUGGAACCUGUUAAUCAAUAUCAUUUUGUAGCACAGCUAAGAUUUUUAUAG